GAGAUCUUCGCACACGACGCAUCGCUCUACCCAGAGAGGUAGAAUAAUUAUUCCGUCGAUUGCAAUGUAAAAUGUCAGAAGGUAGUGAAAUUUACGUGCGGAAAUUCAACUAUUUUGUGCUAACAAUAUAAACUAGUCGUCCUCAAUCAUGGAUGAAUACGUGGAAAACAUAUUGAAGAAAUGGAAUCUGGCCGAUUUGGUGCAUCGUUUUCGAGAGGAAGAAGUCAACGAGGAAGCAUUCUUACUACUUACCCCCGACAUAAUAAAGGAACUCAUUCCAAAACUAGGCAAACGAGCCAUAUUCACUGCUCGCUUCAACGAGCUAAAGCAACCUCCACAAGUUCACAACGAACCGAUUGUUCAGGAUACUAUCGACCUACUUAUAACACAAGAUAACACAAAGCAAACGACACAUUUUAUUGAACAAGGUCCAUCGGUCUCCUCUGAAUUUCAAUCAGUUUCCCAUAUUACUGGAUCUACCAACGAUUGCGAUAGUCCAACUGCCAAACGCGUUGGGGUGUCAUCAGAGCCAACCAAAACCCAUCUGGAUGAGCAACGCCCAUCAACCUCUGAAUUUGUGUCACUUUCUCAUGCUCCUGCAUCUACUAGCGAUGGUGAGACUCCAUGUGCCAAGCGCAUCAAGCUGGAAUCAGAUGUGUUUGACGAAUUCAGUGACUCGAUCCUGCUGGAGGACAGUUCCCAGGAUUCAACGGCGCUGCUUGAGGACGAAAACGAAAACAUGGAUAAAACGUUGAAGGACCCGAAAGUACCUGGGGUGGAGAAGCUUCGUCUGCUGUUACAGCAGUCACCCUUUGCGCGGUACCUUCUCGGACUCAAUGAGUUGGACCGAUUUCAUCGGAUUGAUAUAACCAACUUUGUGACGCAGUACAUCUACAACAGCAAUCCAAAUGAACGAAUAAAACAUGCUGAAUUUAAGUACUGGGCAGAAGCUAUUGUGAAUCUGUUUCCAAGUGAAAAUCAGCUAAUCACUUCAGACGCAGCCAUAGAAUUUUACACGGCAAGACUUACGACACGUUAUAACUAUAUGAUGAAAAUAAAAAAGGAUGCGAAGGGACCCGUGUUCGAAUCAGCGUCUCCGUCAAGAAGAGGAAAAAACGUUGGCCGCAAAGAAUCCAAGGAUGAAGCUGAGCUGCAGGUGGUGGAGGAACUUAGACGAAUAGUAGGUUCGUGCUUUGUUAUGCGUGACACGUUGAACUCAAGGUCGCUAACUCCCUAUCAGCGUAACGUGCUGGCAGCCUACAUCGUAAACUAUCUGAUGGAUAAAAAUGGCGGCCCAAUAUCCAUCCGAGAGCUGGAGCUAUAUGCCAGGGCAAUCGAGCAGGUCUUUCCCAACGAGAAUGCAUCGAUUUAUUUCCGCCGCAAGGGUAACUGCGCCAACGUCAACGGUAAACUGUACGACCGGUAUGGGUACAUGAAGCGAAAGCGCAGUAUGGCACAGGGCAAGCCGUACAGCGAUUUCCUGGACGGCAGCACACCUAUCGGAAGGUUGCGGGAAAUCAAAACCGUAGAGGAGGCACGGGCCUUGUGGAACGAAACGCACAAUGCGCGGAAGGAAGUGACAAGGAAAGUGGUACCGAUCAAGCUGUUCGAGCAGUAUCCUUUUUUGACGCAGCCCGACGGGUAUACGUUGUUCACAGAUGAUUUCGAUCAAGAUCACCCAAAUUCCAUUGAUACCUUCAAACGAUAUUGGCCUGACUUUGCAUCUGCUAUCUAUCGGUACAUAGAAGAAAAUCGUGUGCUUAAAGGCGUCACGGAGUUUAACACGGAAGAUUCAUCUAAGCCGGCGGAUAACUUCACGAUUGUAGAAAUUAUGGAUGGUGCUGAAGCAUUUCUGUACUCAUUACCCUCAAAAUGGGUGCACAAAAAUGGUUGGAACCAUGUUGGUCCCGAUAUCUAUUCGAAAAGCUCAGAAGGAACGGAUCUUAGCUUUUGGCCAAAUACACCAGCUGGUUAUCGACUGCUUGAGCGAUCGAAGGAAGACCCCAAUGCGACCCUCGUACGAGAUUGCCUGGCUCCAUGUCGAUGCAAGAUCAAGAAAUCAAAUUUUACGACCUAUGAAGAGGCAUGUCUAGAACAACAGAUGAUGGAGAUGGACAACUCAGUAGAAAAACACGACCUUCACCAACAAGAGCACCAACAUAAAUUGAAAUCAUUCGAAGUUGCAAACAUGUCUAAUGAGAAUGAUACAGAAAAGUUAAAUCUUCUACAAGCAAUUGAUGUCAUCUCUCGAAAAGAAUCCGCCAGCGCUCAAGUUUCGCUUACAUCAUCACUCGAAUCGACCGUUAAUGCGCUUCAAGCGAAAGUAAGUCAGAUCUCUGCCGAAUUCGAUGCUUUCAAAGCGCUGGUUAAGGCCGAACUGGCUGCGUCGUUCCAAAAAAGAACACACUCAGAACCUGAAAGGGUUGCAACCCAAGCGCCACAGCAAACAAUUACCAUGCCACCAGCUCCAAGCAUAGCCUCUUCCAUUAUUCCCACUGUUCAAAACCCGACUAUUCCCAUAGUGCCGGUGCUGCCCGUCAAUAGGAAUACCACAGAAGGUCAACAAGCUGUACCUCCGUUAGUACCCGUUAAAAAUCUGGAAGAUUUGGAAGCAUUGCAAGAACGGGCACGGGAUGAACGGUUCGUAGAGUCCGUCGUACACUCCCUGGGAAUAGUCCACGGCCAAGGGCGAUCCGUUGGCAACGGGUGGACCGUUAGUCUGCAAACUGUGGACUACUUCUUCGAUAGGGCGUUUUUGCUACGAUGUUCCUGGACCGGCAGUGGUCGUAACAAAGAAAAGGACGGAGCGAGGAUUAGCAAAAUUGCAUUCCACAAGUACGAUAAGGUGAUAGGCCUAUUCUACCGAGUGAUCGUCUACUCGGACCCGAUGUUCACGUUCAACGACUGCAUGAAAUUUCUGCACCGCUGUAUACGGAAUGCGAAGGCACGGGCAGCCGAAUCCAAACGGAUGCGACUGUCGGUGGCGCGCAAUCGCAAGAAACGAAGCGAUGGCAUCGACGGCUUCGGUCAGAUGCUUCAAAUGGAUACGAGCCAUCUGGAGCAACCGGAAGAGUAUUACUAUCAAGUGGAACCGCUGGUGAAGGACGAAUACGUCGAAGAUAAUGCCAGUCGGUUCGAUGAUCUGUAGAUGGCUACCAAGAUGACAUUCUUACAUCCUGUCUCAUCUUGAUGCCACUAUUGUUCAAGCUCAUGGUACGCAACAAAAAGUACUGGAAUCCAACCCGCAUGGACGUGUGCCACAACUUUAUCAUAUAUGCCACCGAUUUCAAGCAGA